AUUUUAUCUUACAAAACAAAACAAACCUGAAAGUCAGAAAUCGGAACCUUAUAUUGAUCGGCAUAAGGAACGACCCAUUAAGUUUUGCUCUGGGGUAGAGGUAUUUCGAGAGGUUUAAUCGUAGAACGUGAAAUUUGAGAUGGAUGAAACCUUGGCUGAUGUUGUAUUCCUGGUAGAGGGCACAUCCGCGAAUGGAGCCUACAUCAACGAACUGAAAACGAAUUACAUUGUGCCAACCUUAGAACACUUUAGCCAGGGUCCUAUAGAAGAUCGAGAAUAUUUGAUAUCGGACCAGCGAUAUUCAACACAAUAUUGUGUCGUCGUUUACCGUACAACAGCUAAUUUAUUGGAGCCGGUAUGCACUACAUAUGGGCCAUAUGCGUCGCCACAAAAAGUGCUCGAUUUAUUUGAAAGAUUGCCUUUGAUUGGCGGAAGCAUGGAGUCUUGCGCAAAUUUAGCUGAGGGCUUUGCAACAGCACACGUUUGCUUCGAAGACAUGAAGGAACAUCGUACUGGUAUGAGUAUGGAUCUUAAUUUGAACUCCCAGAAGCACUGUAUACUGAUGUGUAACAGUCCUCCGUAUUCCAUGCCAGUUAUGGAUUGUUGGAAGUAUUCGGGAAAAACAGUUGAGCAAUUGGCUGGAUUGUUUAAUGAAAGAAAAAUAAAUCUUUCAAUUGUCGCUCCACGAAAGAUUCCUGUACUAUUUAAAAUUUUCAUGAAAGCAGACGGCGACCAGCCGCUAGCUGCUAAAAACUAUGCAAAGAAUAUAAGGCACCUGGUAUUACUUAAAGGUUAUCAUCUUAAGGAAAGGCCACAAAGUCCAAAUAGUGCAGCUAUGGCAAAUCAGACCAAUCAAGUUGGUAUGCCCAACCAAGUUGUGCAACAGCAACAGCAGCAACAACAACCUCAAACAAACGUUCAGCAGCAGCAAAAUCAACAAAACGCGGGCAUGCCUAUGGAUAAUAGUUCUCAUGCGCCGACGCAACAACAACAGCAGCAACAGCAGCAAAGUAUGCAGCAACAGGUUGCUCAAAUGGGUGGCCUUAAUCCCAAUCAACAGCCGGGCAAUCCCCUUAAUCAACAAAUGUUGCAGCAGCAACAAUUCAAUCAAAACGCCAAUUUCCAAGGCCAAGGUAAUCGUUGGGUCUUUAAUCCCAAUCAACAACAGCAACAACAACAGCAGCAACCUCAGACACGACCUCAAUUUAUUGGUGGACCAAAUGUUCCCGGAGGACCCAUGGUUAGUCCCAUGGGAGGAGUUAACCAAGGAAUGCCUGGCCAGAAUUCUGCUUUAAUAUCACAGCUCAGUGCACCGCCAAAUCAGAAUGUCAAUCCGAUGUUGCAACAGCAGCAACAGCAAAUACGCAUGCAAUUGUUGAGUCAACAACAGCAACAAAUGCAAAUGCAACAACAACAGCAGCAGCAACAACAGCAGCAAAAUGUAAUGAACCCCAAUAUGAGUGUUGGUGGCCCAGGUCCCAAUCCUCAACAGCAACAAAUGUCUGUGCCCAACAAUCAACCGAAUACCUCCAUGGGAAAUCAACAAAAUCAAGUGCAAAAGCCUCCCGAUCAAGCGGUAAUGCGAGACACCAUUUGGUCCGGCACAUUGGAAUGGGUUGAGAAAAGUAAACCAGAUCAACAGAAAAUCACACGAACUCUGAAGUGCAUAGUUACAGCAAACAUUAAAGACGGGGAGCCCGAGAUCAAAGCAGUCAACUGGCCAUCAAAAUUGCUCAUGCAAUUGAUGCCCAAACAUUUGGUCGGCAACAUUGGGGGACAAUUUCUCAAAGACUCGAAAAUGGUCGUGUUCAAACCACAGCCCAGUGAAGCGCUGGACGCCUUGGCUAAAAAUAUGACUACUGUUUUUGCUGGUUGUGUGCAUUUCACAACACCCGCAAACACCCCACCAUGUGAAAUAAAAGUUUUGAUACUUUUGUAUACAGCUGAGAAGAAUGCCUACUUGGGCUUUAUACCCAACAAUCAAUCCAUGUUUGUUGAACGUUUACGCAAAGCGAUUCAGCAGAAACAGUCAAUGGGUAUGCAGCAGACUGCUGCCGGUGGUGGUCCUCCAAAUAACAUGCAACAACAACAACAACAACAACAGCAGCAGCAGCAGCAACAACAACAGCAACAAUCAAACCAUGGUCUGCAGCAGCAACAACAACAGCAGCAACAACAAAACCAACAGCAAAUGCAAAUGGGAAAUCCAAUGAAUGCCAUGGGCCCAAACACAAUGAAUCCGCAACAGCAACAAGAUCCUAGCCAACAACAACAUCAAUUUAACCAAUACAAUCCACAACAACAACAAAUGAGCAUGCAAAUGGCCGGCGGUCCCAUGAACCAACAAAUGAUGCCAGGCCCUCCGAUGGCUGGAGGGCCAGACCAAAUGGUUGGCAACAAUCCCAUGCAGCAGCAAAUGUCAAUGAUGCAACAUCAGCAACGUAUGCCAAUGAUGCCCGGUGGUAAUCCCAACAAUCCACAACAGCAGCAAAUGCGAAUGGUGCGUCCAAUGAUGAGCAAUAAUUCUGGUUUGCGCCAUUUACUCCAGCAACAAACCACUCCAGGUCAACAGUUUCGUCCACAAAUGGGUGGUGGUGGUGGACCAGGUGUUGUACCGGGCAUGGGUGGCGGAAUGCCCAAUCCCGGUCAAAUGACAGGAGGUCCGGGUGGUCCCAACAGACCUUUUGAUGACAACAAUUUUGACUUUAUGUAAAAACUCUAAAAUAUUUUUUUUUAACUUUUACAAACCACACAUUCGUACUCUUACAAGAAAAUAAAAAUAUAAUAAAAAAGUUUAAGACUUGUUCAAACUA